UUGUCAUUUCCGCCAUUUUGAUUACGGGCGGCUCCGGCCCUUUCAGCCCAGGCUCCGAUGGGGCUAGGGGGGCUCCUGGUUCCCGCUCUAGGCUUGGCUGCCGCUUGGCUGCUGGGCCUGGGGUUCGAGCCCAGCUCCUGGUUGCUCCCUUUCUCCGCCGGGCGGGGCCGGCUGCUGAGCCCCGCCGAGCUCGCGCGUCACACGGGAGCGCCGGGCAGCCCCGGCCUCUACCUGGCGGUGCUGGGGCAGGUGUUCGACGUGCGGCGGGGGCACAAGCACUACGGGCCGGGGGCGGCCUACAGUGUCUUGGCAGGGAAAGAUGCCUCCAGGGCUUUUGCGACAGGAGAUUUCACCAACACCGGACUUGUGGAUGAUGUUUCUGGGUUAUCUCCGUCAGAAAUAUUGACUAUACAAAACUGGCUCUCUUUCUACAGUGAGAACUACAUUUUCGUUGGCAAACUGGUAGGAAGAUUCUAUGAUGAAAAUGGGGCACCCACGAAAGCUCUGGAGCAGGCCAAGGCUGUCAUUGAAGAAGCACUGAAGUUCAAGGAACAAAACAAUGAGAAGAAGCAGUUCCCACCCUGUAACUCUGAAUGGAGCUCUACCAGUGGCAGCAGAUUCUGGUGUUCCAAACAAAGUUAUUCUGGAGCUUCUCAUUUUGAAGAAAAGCUGCAUGGAUUAGAUGACACAAGGCAUCUGCCAAGUGUAACAAGCCUUUGCACUCAUGGUUUUGCUUAUUUUAUUUCAAUUAACUUCCAACUCAGUAUUACAUUUCAUGCAUCUGAAGUUAACUGGUUUGGGAAAAACAUGAACAGAACUAGUUGAUUGAAGGUCCAGACCUGGGCAGUACAGGAAAUCAGGACUACACAGUAAUGACUGCAACCAAGCCUACUGAAAGGGGUUUGAUGAGUGCAUAAUUUAAUGUCAAUUAAGAAUACAGCAAAGUCAGAGGAGUCAGUCUGCCAAAAUAAUGCUAGUAAAGCAAUUAUACAAGAAUUGUACAAUACAUGAUGUCUGGAAUAAUCACUAUUUGGUUAAGAUAAUUAUUUACAAAACAAAAAGGUAAGUUGAAAUAUAAUUAAAUCUUACUCCCAGGGUUUACUGGUAAACAUUUUCCUUCUUGCUUGGAACUGACUAAGGGUAUAAGACUUGUCUUGAUGCACUUUGUCAUUACUGAUGCAACAGAUGUAUUUUUGUAUCAAGGUUCACAGCCCAUGAUGUAUUUUAAUCUAGUUAUCCUCAGUUUGUUACGAGCUCAUUACAGAGUAGGAAUAUUGCAAAUAAACGUUUUUAGAACGGACUGAACAGAAAAUACAAUUGUUCUAAGACUAUUUCAUAAACAGCAAGAAUGACAGUUUCACAUUAUAGUUUGGUCUUACUUUUACGCUUCGGUAAAACAUGCAACAGUAAAUUUGUUUCAAUAUCCAGGUCUGCAGCAAGUUGCUGUUAAGGGGAAUCAAAAUAUAAAUACUUGGUAUACAAAAAACUCCCUAUGUUCAUUUGUUAUACAGAUCUUAUAUAUGCUACAUGCCAAGGAAGUUGUACUAGCCACUGGUCUCCGUACACGAAGUCUUUAAGGCAUCUGUAAACUUUUAGCAAGUUAAUUAGUAAUGCUUUGUUAGUACCUUUAACACCAGUAAUUUCAAAACACAUUCUCAUUUACUAGAGUGAAAUAGGUUAUUCCCUCCCUCCAAAACUUUUACUUCAAUUUCUAGUUUUAAAUUAGAAUUAGUUUUGUGCUUGGGUGAGGGGCUGGGUUGACCAUGCUGGAGACCAAAUUUCUCUUUCACUACAGAACAAGCACCACAAACUUUCCCCAUUCAGCCUUAAGUGCCUGAUACCCUACCUAACAAAACUGCAUAUAGGGCCAAGAAGGGAAUUCAGUCUCAUGCUCAUCCAACCCUUGACAUGUGCAGACUGAUGAACAUUUUCUAAGUUGUGAGUAUCUAAGGACAGCAGGGGUGGCAGAGUUUUUUGGUCACAGUCAUAAAUAUACCACAUAAAAGGAAGAUGUGCAUUAUUUGUUUGCCAAGUUAGAAAUGUAGAGACCACCACCAGAGAUCUUCAAGAGCUUUCACUUGAUUUGUGCCCUUUAACACAGUAUGACUACCAACCCUAACAGAGCUGUGAAGAAAAAAAAUGCACACCAGGUAGAUAGUCUUUACAGGAAGUGAAGCUGAGGUGUGGUAAACUUCACACCCCUGGGGGGGGGG